AUGGUUGCUGUCACAAAGGUCAAGCACGUAUUUUACGCCUUUAAAAGUCAAGGUCCAUUUGUAUUCCGUAUAUGUGGACAAACCUAUAAUAAUACAUAUGCGCUUCAUCCAGAUGUCAAUGAAUCCCGUAAAUAUGGACAAUUAUAUAUUGUUGAUAACGAGAUCGCUACUAGAGUUCGUAUGCAACAUCCCGGCAAUAGUGGCUGCUUACCAGAGGUAUUGAGCGUAUUGGAUGACGUUAUACGCAGAGUCAAUCCAUACGCGAAGGCGUUUAAUAUGAUGUACGAGGUGGAAAGAAACGAAAUAUUGCUGUCCAAUUUAACCGUGGCAGUGGUGUUCGUUGCUGAAGAUGGAGAUCCUCCGUUACAAAGAGACAUAUUUGUAUAUUCUAAAAGUAAGGGUCCUAUAAGUAUGUCAUCUCUGAGUCAACAUGUUGACCCUAUGACGUAUCCUCUCAUCUUUCCAUCCGGUCAGUCUGGAUGCGCGCUGAAGAUGAAGCAAACGGGAGGAAAACGUGAUAUAACAGCGUUGCAAUACUACAGCUUUAUGUUGAGCGAUAGAGGCGGGUUUAAUCCAUGUCUGAGUAUGGGAAGUUCAUCCCAGCAAUAUAUUGUCGAUAUGUGGACGAAAGUUGAAAGUCAUUGUCUGUAUUUUAUGAGAAAUCAACAAAGUGAAUUACGAGCAGAAACGUAUGAAGGCGUAAUCGAUUAUCUUCACAACAAAGCAGGACGGGAUAAUGCAAGGAUAGGGAAAAUGCCAAAAUGGAAAGAAUAUGUUGAAAAUCUGAAGCCUGGUCAAACUGCAAUGGAUCGACCAGACCUUAUAGCUAGAGUAUUUUGUCGGAAAGUUAAGGAGCUGAAAGCACAAUUAAUCGUCGAAGCAGUAUUUGGAAAGUGUGCUGCUUAUGUUUAUGAAGACAGCAAAAUUCGAGAUGCAGAUGACGUUGACAGAAUAGUUUCGGCCGAGAUACCCGAUAAGACAAGAUAUCCGUUACUGCACGACAUCGUCAGACAAUGUAUGGUUCACGGCCCGUGUGGUCAACAAAAUGUUGAUUCACCUUGCAUGGACACGAAAACAAAUCGAUGGUCAUCCCGUAUAUAUCGUAGGCGAGAUGACGGAAACCUUAUUGUUUGUGAUGUUAAGGAAGAUGGGACACGUAGAACUGCUAAUAAUAGAGAUGUUGUGCCGUAUAACGCGUAUUUGUUAUUGAAAUUCAAUAGUCACAUUAACGUCGAGAUAUGUUCGAUGGUGCAGUGUAUAAAAUAUUUAUUCAAAUAUUGCUAUAAAGGUCAUGAUUGUGCGAUUGUUGAAAUGGAGAAUGUGCAAGAAGAUUGUAACAUCAUAUUAUCAGUUCAUAUAGAAGGUGAACAAGUGGUAUAUUUUGAAGAGAGUAAUGAAGAAAUAACCAUAGAUAAAAACAAGGAAUCUACAUUGCUUGCAUGGUUCACUUUGAACACCACUGAUAUCGAAGCACUACCUGUUUUGAGUAGAAUGUACUUUGUGAGUCGUGAGGAAACUGAGCGUUAUUAUCUGAGAGUGUUGUUAUUACACGUUCGAGGAGCUCAAUCAUUUCAAGAUGUGCGGACAUAUGGUAGUAUAAUGUAUCCAACCUAUUUAGAAGCGGCAGUUGCGCGCAAAUUAGUUACUGAUGACGAGGAAUGGGACAAAUGUCUUUCUGAAGCGUCAAGGGUUGUAGAAUAA